AUGAAAGUUAAAAGACCUGCAUGCCCCUAUGGCCCUAUGUGCUGUGUCCUUUUCUCUCCUCCCGUUCCCCCAUUGUCACUUGCCUUGCCGUGCCGAGACCCACAACAACCGCGCGGCCGCGCCCACCGUGCCGACACCGGCGAUCGCGUUACCGAGCCCUGCGCUCGCGUCGCCGAAAUCCGCGCCCUCCCUCGCCGGCGAAAGUUAUGGCGGAGGAGUCGACCUGGAUGGCUGGCGGUGGAUCUGCGAGGGAGGGGGAGGAGCGGAGGGGCCGGCGGAAGAUCCGGCGACGGCGGUCAGCUGAGGCAUAUCGUGGAGGAGAAGGGGACGGCGGAUGCGGACUCCACGCCGGUGGAGGAGAAGAGAAGUGAGGCCACGAAGUCGCCAGUGCGCCCGUGGUGCCGAGCCCGCGCUCGCUACCCACUGCCAAGGAGGCUAUGGCCUGCGCCAUUGGCUUGCUCCAUGUCGGGCGCCACCAGGGAGGCCAUGACCCACCCGCUUGCCAGAUCCACUGACUCCAGCUCCUCCCCAGCCACGGAAGGGUGGGGAUGGGCGCGGAUCCGGCGGAGAAGACGACGGUGGGCAUGUGCGAAGAAGACCGAUGCUGGUAGGUAG